CCUGUUGUCACCCUCCUGGUGUCAGCGUCCCGGCGUCACUCUCCCGGCGCAGAGCAACAGGUCUUAGAGCUCAGACGAAACACAGGUUAUAAAGUAACUACCUGUGCAACAUCAAAGUUUCUCUUCUGCUAAGAGUGCCAGCAAGGAGCCAUCAAACACAACACAGAGGUGCAGAACUCCCAACUGGAAGGGAAAAUUCCCAGACUAUCUAGCCAUUGACUCUGCCAUGGCCAUGAAAACAAUCAGCUCAAAGAAAUACCUCCAGCUGCUUCUUUUUCACGUUGCUCUUCUAGGGCCUGUCUUCUGUGGGAAGAUACUGGUUUGGCCAACAGAAGGCAGCCACUGGCUGAACAUGAAUGUAAUGGUACAGGAGCUCAUCCGCCGUGGGCACAGCUUUACCAUCCUGGUAUCCAACGCUACCCUCUUCAUUGAACCCAGGCCUAAGACUACGGAGAAGUUUGAGAUCUAUAAUGUGCCCUUCGAGAAAGAUUUACCUGAGACCCUGCUUAAUGACAUAGUGGAUCUAUGGCUCAACAAUAGGCCAACCAUCUUGACCUUCUGGCAGUUUUUCAAGGAGUUGGGAAGACUGUCCGUAAGCUGGCAGGAGAUGAACAAGAUGAUGUGUGACGCAGUGCUGACCAACCAAGAGAUGAUGGCUCGUCUGCAGGGGUCUGGCUUUGACCUGCUGCUGUCAGAUGCCGUGACCCCCUGUGGGGAACUCCUGGCUCUCAAGCUGGACAUUCCCUUUGUCUACUCACUACGUUUCUCCCCAGCCUUCACUCUGGAAAGGCAUUGUGGCAAGAUCCCGGCCCCACCAUCCUACACGCCUGCAGCCCUGUCUGAGCUCACUGACCGCAUGUCUUUUGGGGAGAGAGUAAAAAACUUUCUGUCUUACCACCUUCAAGAUUACGUUUUCCAGAGCUACUGGGGACAUUGGGAUAACUACUGUAGCAAAGUCUUAGCUGACAACAGCCACUGGCUGAACAUGGAGCACAUACUACAGGAGCUCGUGGCCCGGGGCCAUGAGGUGACCGUGCUGCUGCCUUCGUGCUUCCUCAUCGUUAAUCCCACCCAGCCCUCACCCUUCCAGUUUGAGGUGAUUGAGGUGCCAAUCACCAAAAAGGAGAUGACUGACUUUAUGGAUAAAAUGUUUUAUUUUUUUUUUAAUGAGGAGAGAGAGCUACCUAUCUGGAAAAGUACUUACAAGAUAGCUCAAAUGGUAUUGCAGAUGAAGAACAUAACCAAAGUAAUUUGUGAUGGAGUUGUGAAGAAUGAGACCCUGAUGGAAAGACUGAGGGCAUCUGCCUUCAAUGUCCUUUUGGCAGACCCACUAUUUCCCAGUGGGGAGCUGGUUGCUGAGAAGCUGGGUAUCCCCUUUGUGUAUACGUUCCGGUUUUCCAUGGGCAACACAGUGGAGCGGCUCUGUGGAACACUCCCAGCACCUCCUUCCUAUGUACCAACCACCCUAACCAGCUUAACAGAUAGGAUGACCUUCUGGCAAAGGCUAAAAAAUAUCCUUGGCUACGCUCUGCAUGAUUUCAUGUUUCAUUAUGUUCUCUGGACAAGCUGGGAUCAAUACUACAGUGAAGUUUUAGGAAGGCCCACCACCCUGUGUGAGACGAUGGGGAAAGCAGAGAUUUGGUUAAUCAGAACGUACUGGGAUUUCGAAUUUCCACGCCCUUUCCUGCCCAACUUUGAGUUUGUUGGAGGACUUCAUUGCCAGCCUGCAAAACCAUUACCAAAGGAAAUGGAAGAAUUUGUUCAGAGCUCUGGGGAACAUGGUAUCAUCGUAUUCACACUUGGGUCAAUGGUGCACAGCCUAAGUGAUGAAAAAAGUAAUGUGAUUGCCAAAGCCCUCAGCCAGCUUCCACAAAAGGUCCUCUGGCGGUACAAAGGGAAAAAACCAGAAACUUUGGGCUCCAACACCAGGAUUUUUGACUGGAUACCACAAAAUGACCUGCUUGGCCAUCCCUUGACAAAGGCCUUUAUUACACACGGUGGGACCAAUGGGCUCUAUGAAGCCAUCUACCACGGGAUCCCAAUGGUUGGGAUUCCCAUGUUUGCUGACCAGCAUGACAACCUUGCUCACAUGGUAGCAAAAGGAGCUGCAGUUCAGGUGGAUUUCAACACAGUGAAGACACAGGACUUGGUUGAUGCACUGAACACAGUCAUUUACAAUUCCACCUAUAAGGAAAAUGCUCUAAAGUUAUCCAAGAUACAGCAUGACCAGCCUGUUAAGCCUCUGGACAGAGCUGUCUUCUGGAUUGAAUUUGUCAUGCGUCACAAAGGAGCAAAGCACUUGAGACCAGCUGCUCACCAUCUCACCUGGUACCAGUACCACUCCCUGGAUGUUCUGGCAUUCUUAUUCACCUGUACAGCCACAAUUGUCUUCAUUCUUUUUAAGUGCUGCCUAUGUUGCUGUAGAAGAUGUGGCAGGAUUGCAAAGAGGAAGAAAGAAUAGACACCUUGUUCCCAUCAGCACUUUUCUUCUCCUAGGCUGAUUCAACAAGGCAUUUAUGCACAUU